GCUUCCCUGCCCGCGGCCCGGGGCGCGCCCCUUCGCUCUGGCGCGGGGCGGGCCCGUCCCCUCCCCCGCCGCUGCCGCCGCCGCCGCCGCGCUGGGAGCCCCCACUCCCCAGUCGCCGUCCUCGUCGCUCGCUCCGUGCCUCCCCGCGGGCCGCUCUCCCGUCCUGACGAUGGCGCGUGGCGGCCGCGACCGCCUCCUGGGGCUCGCCCUGGGGCUGCUGCUGGCGCUGGCGCUGGCGCCCGGGGCGCUGCGGGCCAAACCCACGGUGCGCAAGGAGCGCGUGGUGCGGCCCGACUCGGAGCUGGGGGAGCGGCCGGCCGAGGACAACCAGAGCUUCCAGUACGACCACGAGGCCUUCCUGGGCAAAGAGGACUCCAAGACCUUCGACCAGCUCACCUCGGAGGAGAGCAAGGAGAGGCUGGGGAAGAUUGUUGACCGAAUUGACGGUGAUGGGGAUGGCUUUGUUACUACUGAGGAGCUGAAAACUUGGAUCAAGCGAGUGCAGAGAAGAUACAUCUACGAUAAUGUCGCUAAAGUCUGGAAGGAUUAUGAUCGGGACAAAGAUGAUAAAAUUUCCUGGGAAGAAUACAAACAAGCCACCUAUGGUUACUACCUAGGAAACCCUGAAGAGUUUCAAGAUCCUUUAGAUCAUAACACCUUUAAAAAGAUGCUGCCACGUGAUGAGAGAAGGUUCAAGGCUGCAGACCUCGAUGGUGACCUGAUAGCCACUCGGGAGGAGUUCACCGCCUUUUUGCACCCUGAGGAGUUUGAGCAUAUGAAGGAAAUUGUGGUUUUGGAAACUCUGGAGGACAUCGACAAGAAUGGGGAUGGGUUUCUGGAUCAGGACGAGUAUAUUGCGGAUAUGUUUUCCCACGAGGAGAACGGCCCUGAGCCUGACUGGGUUGUGUCAGAACGGGAGCAGUUUAAUGAGUUCCGGGAUCUGAACAAGGAUGGGAAGUUGGACAAAGAUGAGAUUCGCCACUGGAUCCUCCCUCAGGACUAUGACCAUGCUCAGGCCGAGGCCAGGCACCUGGUGUAUGAGUCAGACAAAAACAAGGAUGAAAAGCUAACUAAAGAGGAGAUAUUAGACAACUGGAACAUGUUUGUCGGAAGCCAAGCUACCAAUUAUGGGGAAGAUCUCACAAAAAAUCAUGAUGAGCUUUGAUACAUACAGCAGACUAUGGGAGGCUUUCUUUUCAUGUCUGGGAUGGUUGCUACAGUUGUCUCAUUCACAAAAAAAGCAAAUUUAUAACCUCAGAUUGGGGUUAAAAUUGUUUUUCACUCAGUAUUUACUGGAAAAUCAUUAUUGCUAUUCUUUCAGUGAGACUCUCCAAACACAUUAAAACCUGGGUAAAUUGCUUUGGGGAUACUUGCUAAAACAUGAUUUUUUAGCUUUUUCCAUUAAACGUAGACUAAAGGGGAAGAAAAUUUGAAAGAGCCCCUAUAUUCAGAAGUUGGGUGGGUUGGGGGCAAUAUAUGAAGCGACUGCUAUGUUAUUUUAACCGCACGUUUUUUGCAUUUGCCACUGUUGAACGGCUGGUGAGAGAAAGUUCUGAUGAAACUACAGUGGUUUCCUCCUGUGUAGGCUUAUUUCAGAGCACGUCUAAUAUUCCAGAUUCUUUCUUCUUGACUUUGUACUCUGAGCUGUCACUGUAAAUGGUAUAUAAAACCUCCGUGCAUUUUUCUGCACGGACCUGCUAAUGUGCACAACAAAUCCCUAUCUUUGUGCUUUUUGUUUUUACAUUAAGAAGCAAUCAAGAAAGAUAAUGUGAAAAAGAAAGGAAUUUUAGAGGUAGGGAAAACAUGAAUGCCAGGCAUUCAAAGAGCUAUAGGAAAAUGAUAAACACUUUAUUUUACUUGAGAACAUUUUCUUGACAUGUAAAUGAGGUAGGUCUGAUCUUUGAAAAAGUGAAUAGAAAUACCAUCCAUUUCCUCGCUGAUCACCAGGAGGAAUGAGGCUGUGGGGUCCUGGGGAAGCGCAGUGUGCAGAGCUCGAGCUCUGGAACCCGCGCCGUCUGGUCCCUGUGAAGCUGCGACCCUUGGAUCUGCCCCCCGGGACUAUACACCGUGGAACGAGGACACGAUGAUGUUCCAGGCCAUUGGCUGAACUGGUAGAAACAACUUUUACAGGUUGACAUUUCACCUUGUAAGUAGCAAGUGAACAAAAUAAAGGAUCCCGCUGAGGAUUUUCUACUGUG